ACUAUGGGCUGAUGAUGAUGAUAAUAGUGACCGGCCAGCUGAAGGGGAGGUAACUGAUAGCUGAGGUGUAUAUCUCGGGAGACUGUGGGCUGUGGACAUUCUCACAUCUGUUCAUCAUCUGCCACCCCUUUAGUUCAGCAAGUGGCGCAAUCCAGGGAAGUUGCAGCCCAUGGUGGUGUCAGUGUGUGCUAUCUGCACGUUACCAUGAGUGAGAGAGGGAAGAACGAGGACACCCUGGCUGCUGCCCUGUGCUCCACGAGGGACGACAUCAGAAAAGUUUUGGAAACAGCAAGACGAAGGUUUAAAGAUAAUGAGAAGAGUGCCUACCUUUGAGAUUUAUAUGGGAUACUUGUUGAAGGUGAAUUAGUAUUGGUCCUCAUGUUGCGUGCUAUUGCUGUUGGCAUCCCAAUUGGCAUCACGUUUGUGGACUGCUUUGGGUACGUCGCUAAAGUGGAUGGCAUCUCCAUGCAGCCAUCCCUAAACCCUGACAGUAGUGGCACUAGUGAUUUUGUAUUUCUCAGCCGAUGGAGUUCAAGAUCAUUCUCCUAUCAACGUGGUGACAUGGUGUCCCUCGUGUCACCAAAAGACCCAAGUCAGAAGAUUAUCAAACGUAUAAUUGCCCUUGAGGGGGACAUUAUCCGCACCAUUGGAUACAAGAGCCGGUAUAUCCGUAUUCCUGAGGGACAUUGCUGGGUGGAAGGAGACCACACAGGACACUCCUUAGACUCAAACUUCUUUGGACCUGUGGCACUGGGUCUCAUCACUGCCAAAGCAUCUCAGAUUGUUUGGCCACCCACACGAUGGAGGCGAUUAGAGAGUGAACUUCCAGAGAACAGAGUGCCACUUAACUUGCGUGGUCUUGUUUCCAGAAGAGAUAUUAGUGAAGAUUUGGAUGUGAUUGACUUGGAUGACUGAAGUGCAGUUUUACAUAGAAAAGCCAGUAUGAGGGUUGCUUCAUUUGUUAACUUUUUAGAAUUUGAAUUUGAAGGAAAUAUCAACAAAAAUGCUAUAUGUCUUGGUGAUGUGGAUAAUGAUGGUCAGAAUGAGCUAGUGGUGGGGAAUGAAAAUGGUGCUCUUGCUCUUUUCAAGGGGGAAAAUCCACGACCCAUCCGUUAUAGCACUGACCUCGGAAUGAUCUCUGCUGUGGCUGUAGGGGAUGUGUUUAAUUCUGGUUCAAAUGCAUUGGUAGUAGUGACGGGCUGUGGUUACUGCUAUAUCUAUGACUUUGAGGAAGACCAUUUGACAGAGUCAUCUGAGAAGAAACCACUACAGCCCAUUCAUGCACAGCGCAUCCCUUCCAAUGUAAAAGUGAUGCUUAUUGGUGAUGUAAAUGGGGAUGGGUUCUCGGAGAUGGUGGUGGCAUUAACAGAUCGUGUUGUACGUACUUACCGCUGGGUCAGUUGUGGAGACGUGGUUGGUGGAAAACCGUAUGGUAAAUUAAUUGGUCUUAACAAAUGGGAAUUAGGAGAUCAAAUUGGAGGCAUCACUUUUAACCUGUGCAAAGAUGGCACCCCCUCCCUUCUGGUGGCCCAGCCUGGAGGGACAUACUUCACACUAAAGGUUCAGCCAGCUGGUCAAGACAAUGAACUGGAUCCUUUUGAUGAAACAUCUUCUGAACUUCUGACUAAAAUGUCUCUAGAUUAUGAGCCUCUGGCAUCAGCAAGGCUGCGAAAUCCAAACAUUCAUACAGAAAUCUGUGGAAACAUUAAGUUAGGCAAAAUAAGGCCCAGUUCAUGUGGUAGUGAAGGAGAUGCCAAUGAAAUCAUCAAAACAGGCUCAACCCAUUCUGAUAAUGAAUGUGUGGCAGCAUCAUAUGCAUUGUCUUGUCCAAGUUUAUCAGGUAUUGAAACUGAAAGAAAUGAUCUUGCUGAAGGAACAGUGAAUAGUACAAAGCCAGUCUGCAGGAGAACAGGCAGUGAUGGAAAUGAAAACAACUCAGAGGGAGCUGUUGGCUAUGCUCUGGCCACUCUGGAUGGUACCUUAAUGCUAGUGCAUGAUGGAAAAAUUCAGUGGAACUUGCAAGUUGACCAUCAACUCUUUGCUGUGUAUGGGCUGGAUGUGACAGGAGAUGGACGGGAUGAAGUUGUGGCCUGUGCCUGGGAUGGCAACACGUACAUCGUGUGUGAAAGCACACAGUGUGUACGCUUCACGUUCCACGAGCCUGUCAGCGCCUUUACUGCUGGCCGGUAUGGCCUUAGAGGUCGGCAGGUGCCCAGUCUGGUGUAUGCCUCCUUCAACAACCGUAUAUAUCUGUAUUAUGAUAUCACCUUGAGCCACACCUCCACCAAGACCCUGGCUGAUAUCCUCAAGAAGGAACCAGAAUAUCAUCAGCUGCUAGAAAAAAUAGGUUUAUGUUCUAGUGAUACUGAUAAACUUGAAGAGCUUCAUAAUUAUUUGUUGUAUGGAAAAUUUGAAAAAUAGAAACAGAUUCUCAUAAUUUGUAGCAAAGGAAAGAAUCUUUAAAAUUUAUGUAUAACUGAGCACAUACUUGUAAAGUAAACACAUGCUUAUAGUUAUAGAUAUGUCAAGUAAUUCUUACUCUUUUCUUUAUACAAAAGAGUCAACUAAAUUAUAUGUUUUGUAAAAAAAAAUGUAAAUAAUUCAUAAACUGACAUUGAUAUGGGCUUAAA